CUAAAACUCCACAGAGCAACUGAAGUUUCCCUGUUCAGUUGAAGAUUGCUAUGGUGUAACUGAAGUUGUAUUUCUUCCCCCACCUCCCCACUCCCUUUCGUGUUCUGUUGAGAGCAGUAGUGUAGAUUAGUUAGAAAUUGUCAUUCUCCCUUUCCUUGGACUAUCUGAACCUGUAGAGGAUACCGCAGCAAUGCUGGACUGCAGCGACUACGUUCUAGACUCAAGAAUGAACAAUCCGUCAGAAACCAGUAAACCAUCCAUGGAGAGUGGGGAUGGGAACACAGGCACACAAACAAAUGGCCUGGACUUUCAAAAGCAGCCUGUGCCUGUUGGAGGACCAAUCUCUACAGCCCAGGCCCAGGCCUUUCUUGGGCACCUUCAUCAGGUCCAGCUCGCUGGAACAAGUUUACAGGCUGCUGCUCAGUCCUUAAAUGUACAGUCUAAAUCUAAUGAAGAAUCUGGGGACUCUCAGCAGCCAAGCCAGCCUUCCCAGCAGCCUUCAGUGCAGGCGGCCAUACCCCAGACCCAGCUCAUGCUGGCCGGAGGACAGAUCACUGGGCUCACGUUGACGCCAGCCCAGCAACAGUUAUUGCUACAACAGGCGCAGGCACAGUUGCUGGCGGCUGCAGUGCAGCAUUCAGCCAGCCAGCAGCACAGCGCUGCUGGUGCCACCAUCUCGGCCUCUGCUGCAACGCCGAUGACGCAGAUCCCUCUAUCUCAGCCAAUACAGAUUGCACAGGAUUUGCAGCACUUGCAGCAGCUUCAGCAGCAGAAUCUCAACCUGCAACAGUUUGUGUUGGUGCAUCCAACAACCAACUUGCAGCCAGCACAGUUCAUCAUCUCACAAACACCGCAGGGGCAGCAGGGUCUCCUGCAAGCGCAGAAUCUUUUAACGCAACUACCUCAGCAAAGCCAAGCCAACCUCCUGCAGUCUCAGCCAAGCAUCACCCUUGCCUCGCAGCCAGCAACCCCAACACGCACAAUAGCAGCGACCCCCAUUCAGCCACUUCCACAGAGCCAGUCAACACCAAAGCGAAUCGACACUCCCAGCUUGGAGGAGCCCAGUGACCUUGAGGAGCUUGAGCAGUUUGCCAAGACUUUCAAACAAAGACGGAUCAAACUUGGAUUCACUCAGGGUGAUGUUGGGCUCGCUAUGGGCAAACUCUAUGGAAAUGACUUCAGCCAAACUACCAUCUCUCGCUUUGAAGCCUUGAACCUCAGCUUUAAGAACAUGUGCAAGUUAAAGCCACUUCUGGAAAAGUGGCUCAAUGAUGCAGAAAACCUCUCAUCUGAUUCAACUCUCUCCAGCCCAAGUGCCCUGAAUUCUCCAGGGCUGGGGAUCGAAGGCUUGAACCGUAGGAGGAAGAAACGCACCAGCAUAGAGACCAACAUACGUGUGGCCUUAGAGAAGAGUUUCCUGGAGAACCAAAAGCCUACCUCGGAUGAGAUCACCAUGAUAGCUGACCAGCUGAACAUGGAGAAGGAGGUGAUCCGCGUUUGGUUCUGUAACCGGCGCCAGAAGGAGAAAAGGAUCAACCCACCCAGCAGCGGUGGAACCAGCAGCUCGCCCAUCAAAGCAAUUUUCCCCUGCCCCACCUCACUGGUGGCAACCACGCCAAGCCUUGUGACUAGUAGUGCAGCUACAACCCUGACUGUCAAUCCUGUGCUCCCCCUGACCAGUCCUGCUGUAACUAGUCUGUCAGUCACAGGCACAACAGAAACCACCUCCAACAACACAGCAACAGUGAUUUCAACAGCACCUCCAUCUUCUUCAGCAGUGACAUCACCCUCUCUGAGUCCUUCCCCUUCUGCCUCCGCUUCAGAGGCAUCCAGUGCCAGUGAGACCAGCACAACACAGACAACCUCCACUCCCUUGUCCUCCCCUCUUGGGACUAGCCAGGUGAUGGUAACGGCAUCAGGGUUGCAAACAGCAGCAGCAGCUGCAUUACAAGGAGCUGCACAGUUGCCUGGAAAUGCAAGUCUUGCUGCCAUGGCUGCUGCAGCAGGACUAAACCCAGGCUUGAUGGCAUCCUCACAGUUUGCAGCUGGAGGUGCCUUACUCAGUCUCAAUCCAGGGACAUUAGGUGGUGCUCUCAGCCCAGCCCUGAUGAGCAACAGUACACUGGCAACUAUUCAAGCUCUUGCAUCUGGUGGCUCUCUUCCAAUAACAUCGCUGGAUGCAACUGGAAACUUGGUGUUUGCCAAUGCUGGAGGUACUCCUAACAUUGUAACUGCCCCUCUGUUCCUGAACCCUCAGAACCUUUCUCUGCUCACCAGCAACCCAGUUAGCUUGGUCUCUGCAGCUGCAGCCUCCGCAGGGGCCUCUGGACCAGUCGCCAGCCUUCAUGCCACCUCCACCUCAGCCGAGUCCAUCCAGAACUCUCUCCUCACAGUGGCCUCUGCGAGUGGGACCACAUCCACCACCACUACUGCCUCCAAGGCGCAGUGAGCCGGGCUGAGCUGUGCUGCCAGCAGCCUGUUUCACUGUGCGGUGGGAUUGGCUGCCAGCGGGGUUUAUAAACUGCAAAUGUGAUGGGCAUCCUCUCACCGUGUUGCUGGGGACAAGGGAGACAAGGAAAGAUCUAACAAAAAAAUAAAGCAAAACAGGAAGGAUUUAAAGCUGGGACAGACAUUUGCCUAAUUUUAUAACAAACACUGUCUUUUCAGGAUCGCUUCAUGGAUCGGAGAACUUUCUAACCAAAAAUGUAAAAAAACAAAAA